GUGGGGGACGGAGACAAGAAUGACAUCAAGCCUCUUACUUUUCCUUCUGUAAGGAGAGAAUAAGACUUCAAAGGUAGAUCUUUGCUUUGACUCGCAGCACGGAUGCGCACGGAGUCUCCAGACGCGCAGCGGAGGAUUUUGCGCACUGAAGUCACACAGAGCUGAAGCGAGCACAUCUUCUGACUGCAGCGCUGUCUGCGGGCUGCACACGCUCCACCUGCCUCGUACUCACCUUAUUAGCGGAUUAUUCCACCUGCACACUUUGUUUUCCAGUGCUAAUUUAUGCCAGAGAAAUUCUGAAUCCGUCCCAGACGAGGAUUUGUGGACACUUUUCACCCCUUUAAAAAAAAGUGGAUUGAAAAACAAUGACCGCCGCGUUUGCCUCUGGUUUGAACGGGUGAGAAGAAAAAUGUUCGAGCGCGAUGUUCGUCUUCAGUUCUCCCAGAAAGGAUUUAAGUGCCACUCAUCUUGAAUAAGUCCUGAAGCCCAUGACGAUGAGAGCUCUACACACGCUUAUACUCCUCUUCAUCCUGCAUCAGGUUGCGUGCAGGAAAAUGCAGGACGGAGCCAUGGAGCUCAUCGAGUGGGGGGACGUCACUGAACAGAAGACUUCUCCCACAGGGGCCAGUCCACGAAUCCUCAACCCCCUGCGUUUAUUCGCCCGAGGUUCCCCGGGGCUCAAGAGCAACAUGAGGGAAAUGGCGUAUUUACAGAGCAUGGAGGACUUCUGGGACUGGUUAUCUAACCAAACAGAUGUUCAGGGGGCACAGGCCAGAAGUAAACGCAGGCCCAUCGUCAAAACCGGGAAAUUCAAGAAGAUGUUCGGCUGGGGGGACUUCCACUCCAACAUCAAGACCGUCAAACUCAACCUGCUCAUCACCGGGAAGAUCGUGGACCACGGGAACGGCACCUUUAGCGUGUACUUCCGCCACAACUCCACCGGCCUGGGUAACGUGUCUGUCAGCCUGGUGCCGCCCUCCAAGGUGGUGGAGUUCGAGAUCGCCCAGCAAUCCACGCUGGAGACCAAAGACACCAAAUCUUUCAACUGCCGCAUAGAGUACGAAAAGACGGAUCGCAACAAGAAGACUGCCCUGUGUAGCUUCGACCCAUCCAAAGUCUGCUACCAGGAACAGACGCAGAGUCACGUGUCCUGGCUCUGCUCCAAACCCUUCAAAGUCAUAUGCAUCUACAUCGCCUUCUACAGUGUUGACUACAAACUGGUGCAGAAGGUUUGCCCCGACUACAAUUACCAUAGCGAUACGCCCUACUCCUCCACCGGAUGAGCUAGCAUCCAUCUUUUUGUUGACUCACGGGUUGUCCUGGGAUUCACAGCCGUGUUUCACGCCUCCCCUUGUCAGAGAUCUGCAUAAACCAAUUAGUACGUUGUCCAGAUGUUUUGUUUGAGGUCAGACCACCGGCAAGCUGUCUUCAACGUGUGCAGUAGAAGGGAAACUAACACUCUGAAGUGAUUCCAGCAUCAAACAAAAAGACUCGCGGUAGCACCAGGCAAUUUGAGUCCCAAAAAUACUACUCGCCUCUCACAUUUUACAUGGACAGCAAUAAUCUAAUGUGGAUGAAAAUGGCAUUUGUUUUACAGUGAAUGCGCGUUGUGAUUCCUGACAGCCAGUCUUUUCAGCGCCUUCGCUUAUCCAGACCGAAUCUUGAAAUCUCUUAAUUAGAUUUACGCAACAAUAAGAUGAAUACCAGGAAGUAUCCUUAGAAGCUGCUACAGCUCAGAAACGGUCAAAUGCCGGAUGUAAAUUUGUGGCAAAAGACGUAAGAAAAAAGCGAAAAGUGUCUGUGAGAAACAGAUGCAGAGUGAAUAACUAAACCCCUUAAUCUCUCAUUGGCUUGUAGCUGCUAUAGUUAAAAAAAAGUCUUAAGUAGAUCACACCAUAUGAUGUAAAAACUAAAACAUCUUGUGAAAAAGGAAGGUUUUUUUCUUUUAUCACAGCAAGUCAGCUUUGAAGGGCCCUAUUUAUUCACACACACAUGAAAGGCAUCAUGGUUAACUGUCGGCUAAAUGAUAACUUCGCAUGACAAUGUCUCAAAAAGCAGAGUUCAGUAAUGCAGAAGUCACUGUCAAAUGUGCUUGAAAACACCCCAUUGUUCAUCCACUUGAAUCAAUUAGCAAUGCAUUUUAAACAGAUCUAACACUAAUCUUGCUUUAGCUCUCAGUGGUAUUGUAUUGUUUUGUGUAUAAAUAAGCCCAAUAAGAGGUAAAAGGUCUUGUCAGUCAAUGGGAAAAUAGCAUAUUAGCGACGACAGAUGUGGAUUAGGGAUGUUUUUUGGCUGUGAUUAAAUGAUUUUACACGCGUCGGCAGGCUUGGGUUCUAUAAACUGUAAAUACCGCUAUCCGAUUGUGUCGGUUACUGCUGUCUGUGUUAACACAGACAGAACAUUAAAACUCCCUCCUAAUUGACACAGGUAUCACUAAAGCGAACUGACAGAUUGAACCGGAGCGGCCGGAACAAACUCAAUUGAUCCGACAAAUCAAAACCGGAUGGAGGCACGGACACAUCGGAAGGUAGAUAGAUGGAAAGAUCUCAGUAGAACGGUAGAAAUCACAAAUAAAAACUUGAAUUGUUUUUUAUUUGUUUGUAUACCGGUAUUAUAUCUAUUAUUCUGUUGGUCAAUUGACAUAAAAAAAGCACAUUAUUGCGUAAUAGAAAUGGAUUGUCGUGUUUGCGACAAAGACGACUGAAAGAUAUCUGUUUUUAACGUUUACAUUAUAUGAAACAUAAAGAUAACCUUUGAAAUACAGUUCAGGUUUAUAUUGCAAUCGCGACCACAGUCCUUUCAUAAUAUUUCUUUAUAAGUACUUCUCAGUCCACCCAAACACAGAUACAGAAAUGUUUUUAACUCUGUCUUAAUGUCAAAUAAAUCAACGUCGGUCCCGGCUUCGGCUGCCCGUUUACUCCUAGAACUGCGGUUACAUCCAGGUUACUGCGAACUUUCACCGAGAGGUUGUGUACGUAAUGUGUCCAUAAAUAUGGAUGUUGUUGAUAUUCUCACUCCGUUGGAGCCUAAAAUACAUGCAAAUUGAAUCGAAGUGGAACUCUCAUCUGCCUCUGGCGUCUCCAAAUGUGACGUCAUAUAAACGGGAAUAAAUACUUAGAUAUUUCAUGAGAAGUCAAUUUAACAUCAACAAAAGUGUUUCAUAUUCCAUUAAAUACUCAACAGACCCCGUGUUUUUCGCCGUCUCCGCUCCACUGCGUCCCUUUUCAGUCGUUCGUGGCGAUUGAUCCCAGUGCGGCAGUGAAUAUCGUCCGUGUGAAACAUGACGAAAAUUGACUAUCAAGGUCGGAGGGUGUGGUUCGGACUUAUUUGUUUAAAUGAACUAACAUGGAAAGCAAAACAAGAUUUUGUUGGCAACAUUUUGUGUGGAAAAGCAAAUUUCCACGGGAAGACUUUUUAAUGUGACGUCUACUGUUAGCAUCCCGCAAUAACCGUGAUCGAUGUGCACCACUCGCCGUCACACUUUCUUAUUUCCCAGGCCUCUUGUUUUACCCACCAACUGUAAAUGACCCUGCAAUUUUACACGUGCAAGUGUAUAAUAACAAGUCAAUAUCUAUGUUUUGGUUUCCUUAAUUCUGUGCAAAUUCUAUAUAUUAACGUGUACAAAGUGUCUCACUGAGAAUAACAACAAUGGACUACUAUCCCAGGAGGAAAAAAAAAAAAUAAACGAAUAAAUGUUUUCCUUCUUUCUAUGUAGAUACAUGAGAUUUUUUUUUUUUUCCGUUUCUCUAUGGACCUUAUGCUUGUCUCCCUUGUGUACAAAAGAGAUCUAUUGUGUGUAGCGUGUAAGCAAAUAGGUUGAUCCCGGAACAUUUUUGUUCAUCGCGGGUUCCAUUUGUUUAAAAAUUGUAAAGAUGAAUUAAGGUUUUUAUGGCAUUAAACCUUGUUUA